GGCUCCAGCUUUUGGGCACUUACUAAAACAGUGUCUCAGGAGACUGAGGAAGCAUCGGCAAACUCAAUGAAAAGCAAAGCAGAAGACAACAGGGCGAUAACUGACAGCCGAGGAGAGCUUUCACAACUUUAGAAGGUUUGAAUAUGAAGUAAAGCCCUGCGUAAAAAGCUUGCGUAAUCGCGCGCAGACGAGGCGACAAUUUGCAUAGUUAUUUUUUUUUAAGUUUUUGGUUUUUGUUUUUGUUUUUUUUUUUAAGAUGAACGCCUCGGAUAUUCUUUGCGAUUCCGAAUUUGCAAAUUCGUCCAACUUCUCGUGCGUGAACCGAACCGGCCCGUCAUACAGCAUUAUUGACAUCGCGUCUUUCAUGCACAUCUUCCCCACCAUCUACGGCAUUCUGUGUUCGGUUGGAGUUCUGGCCAACGGGUUGGUGAUCUAUGCUGUGGCAUCAUGCAAGAAAAAGAUGGUCUCUGACAUUUAUGUGCUGAACCUGGCCAUCGCAGACCUGCUAUUCCUGUUGGUGAUGCCUUUCAACAUCCAUCAGCUGGUCCGGGACAGACUGUGGGUCUUUGGCCACUUCAUGUGUAAAGCUGUGGUGGUGGUGGAUGUCAGUAACCAGUUUACCACGGUGGGCAUUGUGACUGUGCUCUGCAUUGACAGGUACAUUGCAAUAGUACAUCCUACGUCUGAAAAGAGGACCAUUCAGUGGACCAUCGUCAUUAACAUUUUGGUGUGGGUGGGCAGCUUCCUUCUGAGCAUCCCAGUCAUGAUUUACGCAAAAGUCAUCUCCAAAAAGAACAUGGACAUGUGUAUGAUUUAUCUGGAUGGGCCUCAGGAUAUGUACUGGUACACGCUCUACCAGUCCAUGCUGGGAUUCAUCGUCCCCCUCAUUAUAAUAAGCACAUUUUACACCCUCACUCUGUACCACGUGUUCCGCUCCAUCCGGCGGGUCAAACGCAAGCAGUCGGUGUGGGCCAAACGGGCCACUAAGACGGUAGUGAUGGUGAUCGCCCUGUUCCUGGUCUGCUGGUCGCCAUAUCACGUGAUCCAGGUGAUCAACCUCAGCAUCCAGCAGCCCACCAGCGCCUUUGUGUACGCUUACAACAUCAGCAUCUGCCUGAGCUACUCUCACAGCUGCAUCAACCCUCUAAUGCUGCUGGUGUUCGCCCAAAACUACCGCGACCGCCUCUGCCAUCGCAAAGAGCUGCGCUCCCAGAUCAGCUCAUCCAAGACCACCGUCAAAACCGACGGAGGGUCCAGCAUGAGCCCCGACUCCAACCACCGCUGUACCGUUAUCUAGCGCCCGUCGAGCCUUGCGCUAACCGAGGAGAAAAGUCGAAGGCUGCACUGCGACACUUGCUGAACGAGUGUCAGUCGCACGGUAGCUUGUUUCUCAAAGGGGAAAACUGUGAACGAAACAUGCAUUCAGGAGGCACGAAAGAGUCAGCACUUGACUGCGUUUGUGCUUUAUGUCACAAUCUGGAAAAGUUAUUAUAGUGUCCGAUUACUGUUUUCAGUGUUUACUGUUAAUUUAUCUGUUAUAUGCCGUUAAUGUAUCUGUUGUUUUGAAUGGUUCAUCCAAAAACGUCCUGUCAUCAUUUACAAACUAUUGUGUAUUUUUUGCAAUAAAUGCAACAGGUUGGAAAUAGUUUUUUUUCUUUAAGAAGUUAUGGUGAAUAGAGACAGAGGCUUGCGAGCUUUGUGAAGAAAAUAUCGUAAGUGUUAGUGCAGCUUCUGUUGAGCAUUUUAAGUUAUAAUAUUUUUUUAUCCUUUGUUCUAGGAACAAACUAUAAUUCAGAUGAGUGUCACCGAUAAUACUUCCUUCCUGUGAGCAGCUUUUCACUAUAAGCAGAUCAUUUCGGUGAACUGGAUUAGUUCAGUUUAUAAAUGAAUUUUUCAGAUCGAUUUAAUGAAUGAAUCUACUGAUUCAUUGAAACAAAUCAAAAUUAUCCAUGCACAAGAUUUGUUUUGCUAUAGUAUAGCUUUAUAAACUUGGAAGUGCAUGAAUCGUAUGUGCCAUUGUGCGAUGCUAUUGUACUAUAUUUUUUUUUAGUUUUUUUAGUUUUAGUGAUGGUUCAAAGUAAGAAAAAGAUGACAGCAUUUCCGAGUAUCAGGAUUUUUGUAAUACAUUAUCGGCGGCUUUUGUUUGCGUUUGUAAGGAAGGAUAGACCAAAUCAGAACGGUCUUUUAUGCAGACGUCAGAAAAUGUCUUUGUCUUUUUGUGGGUGUUGAAGAAUUUUUUUUUGUGAGUGAAAUAAGCAACUAUGCCAAUCAAAGACACAGGCCUAACCGAUCCUAAAUAUGAAAUUCCAUUGCAUUUCAAAUGUAAAUACACAUUUACACAUUUAAAUGAAAUGGUUUUAAAUGUCUCCAAAUGUUACUGGUUCCUCUGACCUCAUGCUGUCAUGCAUGUCUGUUUAGUCUUGACUUAAGACAUUGUACAAGAUAUAAUAUCCAUGACUGUAUGCUUCUGAGCAUUUUAUUACAUGAAUUCACAAAGAUAUCCAGUGUGAAAUUCCCCGUGUGGUUCUGUUUUCCCAUUUUUUUCUAAGAAGCCCCUGCGGCCUGUGUGAGAACAGUCAUGUUCACUGUUAACGUGUGACACGUAAACUAUGUGUGACUAGUCACAUUUCAGUCUUGCCACCCUCAAUCAACACAUGCCUGGCAAAUAAACAAAGAACUGCAAAAUGUAUCUUAUAUAUUAUGCCGUGCAUUGACAAAUUGCUUUUAGUAGGGAAGGCGAAGAGAAAAGGCAGAUGACAAUUUUAGGUUUUUAAGGGAGAAGAACUGUAUACUUGGUCACCGAUUUAACAUAUACCUCCUGUUUUUUGUCUGUCCAUACCAUCCUGUAGGCUUUUGUUUUUAUAAUAUGUGCAUAAAUUUACUAAAUAAAACCAUGACCAUUUGGAUAUAAAAUCAAGUAGUUCUUGCAUCAGAUUGUAAAUAAGCAAUCACACUGUAUAGAAUGCGAAGCACUUCAGAAAUAUUUCAGACAAAAAUCUACGUUUGCUGAAAAUGAGCUGACCCUCAGAGUUUGUUUCUUUAUCUGUACAGAUUCGGAUCCUCUGCGGCGGACGCUACAGUGAUAUUUUGGUUCAAACACCUCGAUUGUAUUAGUAUCACACAAGCAUGGAUUAGUUUCAGCCAAACGCAGCUUUUCACUUCGCUUGAUAUUAACCGGUGGAGCGGAGUCGAUGUGGAUUAUUUGUGGAUUACUGUAAUGUUUUUAUGAGCUGUUGGACUCCGAAGGAACCUAUUUACUGCAGAGGAUCCAUUUGUGUGCAGCUGAUGCAUAAUUUAUUCAAAUCUGUUCCAUUAAACAAAAAACAACCUUAUAACCUAAGGGUGAGUGCAUUUUCAGCAAAUCUGAACCAUUACUUUCAUGACUUCAUCUCAGUCAAAAACAAACCGGUUUGUUUCUCUUUCUUUUGUUAGAUACAAAAAGAUCCCUUUAUGCAAAUUAAUCGUAUGUGAUUUGAAACAUGUGGCAGAAAUAAUAAUAAUUCCACCUGUUCUGAACUGAAUGUUACAUGUUUUAGAAGACAUGUAUGAAUCACUUACUAUGAUACUUUUAUUGUAUUUUAGAUGCUGCUUUCACUGUAUGGAGAAAAAAAAAACAGUUUGGGAAAUGUCGCAAAAUGUAGUCUUUUUUGCUGUAACAACAUGAAGUUCAGUUGACAGAAGUGUAAU